AGAUUCGUGAAACCAGCAGGCCGGGAAAAAGGGAACACCAGUGGAACAACAAUAUAUCCCAGUAAAAACGAGACUCCGUCCAGCAUGCGUCGGCGCCCGUCGGAGGACAUCGCGCUACGUCUUAAGAUUCCUUAAGACUCUCACCGGAAAAUAUUGAGUUUGGAUCGAGUCGAUAUCGACAGCAGAGCGUCUCGGACGCACGCCGACGAUGAAGACGAAGCGGUAGAGCCGACGGAGAGGCGAAGCAGCGCGACGAGUCCGGUCGACGGUGACUCGCGAUGCCGGACGAGGCGCGGGAUUUUCUGGAAAAGGGGAGGAACGGAGGAGGAGCUCCGCGGACGGCUUUUGCGCCGGACGUCGCGGUCGGAGAGGGCGACGCGGUGGAGCUGGACGACUUCGGUCAAAGGAAAGACGACGUAACCGGCGACGUCAACGUCUCCCACGGCGACGACGGCAAAUCAGACGGCGCCGCCUCGGGACUCGGCGAGUCCCAGGUUUCCGUCGAGGUCGGCGUGGCCGAAUCGGAGCGUCUCGAGGCCGACCCGCGGGCGAAGGGAACGGGUAACUCCAUCGUCCGCGGUUCGCCCGAUUUCCCCGACGACGGCGCGGCGGACGUCAGGCAGGCCGACGGACGCCCCGACGAGGACCGGCGCCGCCUGAGGGAGGGCGUGUGCUGCUGGUACCGGGCGGCGCACGGGGCCGUGCUGCAGUGCGUGGAGGAGACGCCGGCCAUGCUGUCGGGACUGGUGCUGUCUCUGGCCUUCUGCGUGGUCAUCAUCAUCCUCAUCCCCGCCACAGGACGGAGCGUGGGCGUCCACGCGGGCGCCCUGGCGGCGCUGUGCGUGGUCCUCUGUCUGAGCGCCGCGCUGCUCGUCUGCCUGCCCUGGCUGGCCGCCGUGAGGCGCUGCAGCGGGGCGCUGGCGCUCUUCGUCUGGGGGACGCUGUACGUCGUCGCCGUCGUCUUCAUCUUCACCGGCGGACCCGUCAGCACGUGGGAACAGGUCGCGUUCUUCCUCUUCCUCUCUCUGAGCGUGUACACGGUGCUGCCUCUCUCUCUGGCCUGGGCCCUCAUGGUCGGGGUCGGGACCAGCCUGUCGCACAUCGUCAUCAUCAGCGUCUACGUCCCCGUCACCAAGCCGGAGACGCCCCAGCUCGUGGUGCAGCUCGUGGCCAACGUGCUGCUGCUGGCGUGCGUCAACUGCGUCGGGAUCUUCCACCUGUGGAUGACCGAGCAGGACCGCCGGAUAUCCAAUCACAAGAGGGAACAGUUCAGCGUCAUACGCUCGCAUAAGAAAAUAAGGAAAUACCAGCAGGAGCAGCUGCUCCUGUCGGUGUUGCCGCGGUACAUCGCCCUGGAGCUGAAGACCGAGGUCAUCAACAAGCUCUUCAAGCCCAAGAGCGAGGGCAGCCGCCACAACUUCCACAGCCUCUACGUCCGCCGGCACAACAACGUCAGCAUCCUGUACGCGGACAUCGUGGGCUUCACCAAGCUGGCGAGCAGCUGCACGCCGGAGGAGCUGGUCGCCGUGCUCAACAAGCUCUUCGGCAGAUUCGACGACACCGCCAAGAACAAUGGCUGUCUCCGCAUCAAGAUCUUGGGCGACUGCUACUACUGUGUGUCCGGGCUCCCCGACCCCAUCCCGACCCACGCCAAGAACUGUGUCCAGAUGGGUCUGGACAUGUGCACGGCCAUCAGUAAUCUGCGAGAGGCGACGGGGGUGGAGAUCAGCAUGCGGGUGGGGGUCCACAGCGGCAACGUGCUCUGCGGCGUGAUCGGCUUGCAGAAGUGGCAGUACGACGUGUGGUCACAUGACGUCACGCUGGCCAACCACAUGGAGUCCGGAGGUCUUCCUGGGCGGGUCCACAUCUCAGAGGAGACGAUGCGGCACCUGGACGGAGCGUACCAAGUGGAGAACACGGACGGGGGGAGUCGGGACGCUCUUCUGAAAGACAGAAAGACCUUCCUGGUGAUCGACCCCCACGAGCCGGACAGAAGCCUCAGGAGGCCUCAAGAGGCCGACCCCCCGACAUCCGGCGAGGCCAGGCAGCAGCGGGCGUCCGUCCGGAUGUCUCAGUACCUGCAGUCCUGGCAGAACGUCCACCCCUUCGCCGACCUCAGCGACCCCGGGGCCACGCCCCCCAAGAAGCCGACCGCGCCCGCCAAGGUCUCCGCCAACCAAUCGCAGGGGGCGACGGAAAAGCAACAACCCCAGAACAACCCCAACUGUCCCGGUCUGCUCGUGAACGAUGAAGUCCGGGGAUCGCUGGACGCAGUGGACGACACAGUGAGGAGAACCGAGAAGCUCAACUGCUUGACGCUGCUGUUCAACGACUGGAGCCUGGAGAAGGAGUUCGGCCUCUCGGAGGUCAAAGGUCUCCACCGCUCCGUGAGCUGCGUCGCGUUCAUCUUCGUGACCAUUUUCGCCGUCCAGAUGCUCGUCUCGGAAAAAAACUUUGCGAUGGCGGUGUCGUACGGCGUGACCUUCCCGGUGCUCGUGCUGCUCCUGUCCGUCGUCGCCUUCACCGGAUACUUGGAGAAGUGGCGUACCAAGAUGCCGCUGAGCGUCCGGUGGAUGUCCGGCCCGUCCAGCAGCGCCUUCAGCAGGGCGGCGCUGCGGCUGUUUGUGUCCACGCUCUGUGUGCUCAUCACCAUGACGAUGGCCGUCCUCAACUACUUUUUUCUGCCCGGUAACAACUGCAAGUCCAUGACCAACAUCACAGAGCUGGAGAAUCUCAAGCUCUACACCGGGCCCUACUACCUGUACUGCUGCCUGCUGGCCAUGCUGGGCGUGAUCGUGUUCGUCAGGACCAGCUUGUCCGUGAAGGCUCUGCUGCUCACGCUGGCCGUGGUGGUUUACCUGGCCCUGUUCCUCCACGUCCACGCCCCCAGGUCCGCCUGCCUCGUCGACCUGCUGUACAACCACACCCACACCAAGCCGGGCAUCCUGAAGGACCCUCAGAUCAUGUCCGGGGUCUGGCUGGUCAUCUUUUACAUCGUAUGCCUCGUACUGGCCAGACAGGACGAGCUGGGCUGCCGCGUCGACUUCCUGUUGGGCCGCUGUUUCAAGGCGGAGAGGGAGGAGAUGGAGACCAUGGAGAACGUCAACAAGCUCCUCCUCCAGAACGUCCUGCCGCUGCACGUCGCCGCCUUCUUCAUGGGCAAAACCAUUCGCAACCAGGACCUUUACAGCCAGUCGUACGACUCGGUGUGCGUGAUGUUCGCCUCGGUGCCCCAGUUCAAAGAGUUCUACAGCGAGAGCAGCAUCAACCGGGACGGCCUGGAGUGUCUGCGCUUCCUCAACGAGAUCAUAUCGGACUUCGACGAGGUUCUCUCGAAGCCCAAAUUCUGUUCGGUGGAGAAGAUCAAGACCAUCGGCAGUACGUACAUGGCGGCCGCGGGGCUGAGAAUCGCGCCUCAGGGGGAGGAGCUAAAGGCGCUGGAGAUGUCCUACACCCACGUGCGCACCAUGCUGGAGUUCGCCAUCGCCCUGAUGGGAAAGCUGGAGUUCAUCAACACGCACUCGUUCAACAGCUUCAAACUCCGGAUCGGAAUAAACCUCGGCCCCGUGAUCGCCGGAGUGAUCGGAGCUCACAAGCCUCAGUACGACAUCUGGGGGAACUCGGUGAACGUGGCCAGCCGCAUGGACAGCACCGGGGUGCUGGGCAAGAUCCAGGUGACGGAGGAGACGGCCCAGGUGGUCAUGAGCGUGGGACACAGGGUCACCCUCAGAGGGGUCAUCCACGUCAAGGGCAAAGGGGACAUCACCACCUACUUCGUGAACACCCCGCCGUCUAUUCACCUUUGAGAACUCAUCGCCGGACAUUCGAGAACCCGCCGUCGCCCCGACGAAGAUGUAGCGACGGCGGAGCGUCACCCGUCCCCUUC